CUUCCACACCACAUUCAUCUAACAUGCUGCGUCUUGUCCUAGCGUUGACGGUGGUGGCAGCCGCUUAUGCCGCCACGACCGUGUCUCCUGCCCAAAUCCUCUACGACGUGAAACACCACAAGGCGAUGAUUGUGAUGAGUGACGGCUGCUACGAGUACCACCUUAACCAUCAGGAUAUGGAGGACCAGAAAAACGACGCCACGAAGGCUAUUUUGGAGGCCAGAAUGCUAGCCGAGCUUGCAAUGGCGAUAAAUAAGCAGGAAAUGGGACACCAUCAUAUCGACCACAUGUCCAACGAGAUCCAAACAGCCUGUGCCUCUGUUCCCGUCUACAGCUGGGAGCUUCCCCCAGCAGAUACUACUACCUUAAUCAUGACAGCCACGACUGUUUAG